AUGAUGGAACUUCAGGACAUCAAGUUUUCUCAUACAACGAAUACCUCGUCAUAUUUCCCUCUUUAUUCUUUAGAGCACUCUUUUCUGUCGAGCUUAUUUUUUACUUGAGUAAAGCCUAUUCUUGCAUGAAAAGAUAAAUCUAAUAUAAAAAUUGAAGAUACGUAUCCAUUGCCAGAUGAGGAAUACUCCGAAAGGGAAACACUUUCAGAUUUAUUAAAAAAGCAUAAGCUUGCUAGAGCCUUAUUUACUGCUCAUUUAGGCUUGAUUUUUAAAACAAUUUUCUUACUCCCCCCUUAAAUUUGGAACAAAAUUUAAUUUUAUAAUAAAAAUUAUAUAUAAUAAUAUCUCAAAAGUUUUGAUAUAAGUUAAAUGUUUCUUCUUAACUAAAAUUAAAAAUUUAGUUAUAUCUUGCUCUUGUUUAAAGAAGAGAGUAUAAAGAGCAUCUUAUUUAAAUAAAUUUAUUAUCCUUAAUUGUAAAUUUUAAAACAAAAAUUAUUUUUUUUUUUAAAAUUUAUCAAAAAAAAUUUUUAUUUUUUUGGAUAAAAAUGAUAUUUUUUAUUUAAAUAGUUUUGAUAUAAAUUCAAUAGGAAUUCUUUAUAAAAUUUCAAAAUUUUAGUUAUUUCUUGCUAUAUUUUAAAGAAUAGAGUAUAAAUAACAUCUUAUUUAAACAAAAUUAGCACUUUGAUCGAUAAAUUUUCUAAAUUCUUUUUUUUGAAUUUUUUUUAUCAAUAAAAAUAAUAAUUUUUGUGUAAAUAAUUUUGAUACCAAUUAAUAGUGGCGUAUUAGCUAAUAAUAAAAAUUUUAGUUAUAUCUUGCUUUUUUUUAAGGGAUAAAGAGUAAAUAGCGUUUUAUUAAACAAAUUUAUUGAUCUAAUUCGAUAAGUUUUUGAAUUUUUUUUUUUUAUAAAAAUUUUAUAUUGAUAUUUUUAAAAAAAAAAAUUAACCCCCCUUUAAAUUGGAACAAAAUUUUUUGUUCCAAUUUAAAGGGGGGGAGUUAAGGCUUAUUAUCUCUUCCUUUGAAUUUGCUGGCCCUAUAUUUAUUCAACUAUUAAUUGCUUAUAUCCUAUCGAACGAUAAAUCUUUAUCUUAUGGUUUAUUUUUAGCAUUAUUUUUUUCAAUCAUUGUGCUUUCUACUAGAAUUUUAGUAGUAAAAUAUACUUGGCUUUGUAAAAUUCUUGAAAUUCGAGUGAAAAAUUCUAUUUGCAGUGUGGUUUAUCAAAAGGUCUUAAAAGUUUCAUCUGUUCCUGAAGGCUUGGGGGUAAAUCUCUUACAAAUUGACACAAAAAAGAUUUUUGAAUGUCUUCCUCAUUUAAGUGUCCUAAUAGUUAGUCCGCUACAAAUGGCACUUUCUAUAUAUUUAAUACAAAAACAAGUAGGUGAAGCAGUUUAUGCUGCUCUUAUAACUCUUAUUAUAUAGUUCAUACACGCUAUUGAUCUUCAUCAUCGAAAAUAUAGCCGUUCUAAUGGAUUUUAUUUAUUAAAUAUUUUUGAUCAGAUCCCUCAUUAUUUGAAGAAAUAUUUUAAUUGUUAAUUAAAAUUUCAUUAGUCUCAAAUAGAUUCGUUUACUUGCUAACUUUCAAAUCAUUUUUGACAUGCCACUUAAACCCCAAAACUGAGCCCCUGCAAUUUUUGCCACGACUAGCCAUUUUAAAAAUGGGGCAAGAGAAGACCAUUUUUGGCUUUAUCGCUGAAUCAUUAGCAUUUAAUAAUUAAAUAUUUUCAAAUAAUGUGAUGCCAUGUUUAAGAUUCAUAAGGAGCGAAGUUAAUUAAAACUGCUACAUUUAAUGAAUACGAUCAAUAUCAGUGCAAGAUCUAUAUGUGUUUUACUCAACUACAUCAUAGCUUCAAAACUAAAAAAGUAUUCCGCAAGCAUAAUGACUAUAAGAGAUAAAAGAAUUGAAAUGUCGACACAACUGCUGAGCAAUAUAAAAAUGAUUAAAGCUUACUGUUGAGAAAAAUACUUUCAAGGGCAAAUUCGUGGGAUAAGAAACAAGGAGCUAUCAUUUUUAAGGUUUUUAAUGUUUUUAUAUGCAACUGCUUAUUUCUUUUAUUGGACUAUUCCAAGCUUGACAACGGGCUCUGUUUUUGUAUAUUAUACAGAAAUUAUGGGGAAAACUUUAACAUCUGAAGAAGCGUUUGUGACUCUAAUCACACUGACUAUUCUGCAGGAUUCUUUACAAGAUGUCCCUUAUUUAAUAGCAGAACUGUUAAUGUGCUUUGUGAGUAUUAAAAGAAUGCAAAAAUUACUAGAUGUUCCAGACUUAGAAGAUUUGCCAAUUGGAAAUACAAUAACUAUGAAGAACUGCUCAUUCUCAUAUGGUGAAGCAAAUGUUUUGAAUAAUAUGAAUUUAGAAAUAAACAAAGGAGAAUUUUUGGCAGUUAUCGGAGCAGUCGGAAGUGGGAAAUCUUCAUUUCUAAAUAGUUUGAUGGGAGAAAUGAAGAUAAAUGCAGGAGAAAUUACAGUGUCUGAUAAUAUCGCUUUUGUCCCUUCUCUUGAUUCUUGGCUUCAAAAUGACUCCCUUAAAAAUAAUAUCCCUUUUAAACUGAUUUAUUGGUGAUUUUUAUUAAUUGUGAUUUAGAAAUAGAAUUUUUAAUAUUCAUUAAAUCUCUAGACCUUUGCUAAAGCAUACAAACAGAGAAUAUUUUAUUUGGGAAAACUUAUAUAGAAAAAUGGUAUAAAUCUGUGAUUGAAGCUUGCUCUCUAGUCCAGGAUAUAAAUUCGUUACCAGAUAAAGAUCUUACAGAAAUAGGAGGGAAAGGAAUCAACUUAAGUGGUGGGCAAAAAGCGAGAAUUUGUCUUGCUAGAGCUGUGUAUGCGGAUAAAGAAGUGUACUUAUUAGAUGACCCUUUAAGUUCUGUGGACUCUGAUGUAGCUGAGAGCAUUAUGAAUAAAUGUUUCUUAGGCCUGCUUUCCUCAAAAACAAGAAUUUUAAUAACGCAUCGUUUGGAUAUUCUCAAUAAAGUAGAUAGAAUAGCUAUGCUCGAAAAUGGAACUGUAAAGCAAAUUGUUACUACAGAAAAGUUGCAAUUCACUGACUCCCCCCCCUUUAAAUUGGAACAAAAAAUUUUGUUCCAGUUUAAAAGGUGGGUUAAAAAAAAAAAACAUUUUCAAAAAUUUAUCGAAUUAGAUUAAUAAAUUUGUUUAAUAAAAUGCUAUUUACUCUAUAUCCUUUAAGACAAAGCAAGAUAUAACAAAAUUUUGUAUUAUUAAUUAAUACGCCGUUAUUAAUUGGUAUCAAAACUAUUUACACAAAAAUUAUUAUUUUUAUUGAUAAAAAAAAAAUUAAAAAACAAUUUUAGAAAAUUUAUCGAUCAAAGUGCUAAUUUUGUUUAAAUAAGAUGUUAUUUAUACUCUAUUGUUUAAAAUAAAAGCAAGAAAUAACUAAAUUUUCAAUUUUUAUAAAGAAUUCGCAUUGAAUUUAUAUCUAAAUUAUUUAAAUAAAAAAUAUUUACUUUUAUCUAAAAAAUAAAAUUUUUUUUGAAAAAUUUUUAAAAAAACAAAAAUUAAAUGUUGUUAAAAUUUAGCAAUUAAGGAUAAUAAAUUUAUUUAAAUAAGAUGCUCUUUAUACUCUCUUCUUUAAACAAGAGCAAGAUACAACUAAAUUUUUAAUUUUAGUUAAGAAGAAACGUUUAACUUAUAUCAAAACUUUUUACAUAAAAAAUAUGAUUUUUAUAUAUAUAAAAUUUUUAUUAUAAAAUUAAAUUUUGUUCAAAUUUAAAGGGGGGUUAAUUUACCAAAAAAGUGGAAAUUUUACCUAUAUUUUGUUCCAAUUUAAAGGGGGGGAGUGAGAGCUUCGUUAAUCGCUCUGAAGUGUCUUUAGAAGAAAUUUCCAACUCUCAAAACAGACUGAUAGCAGAAGAAAAAAAAGAAAUUGGUAGGGUUGACCCUAAAAUUUACAAAACUUAUUUUAAUUUUUCUGGUGGAUAUUGCAUGCUGAUAACAGCAUUUAUAGCAAUGUCAUUAUGGGCAUCCACAAAAAUGAUAGCAGACAUCGUCUUAAAAAAUUGGACAACUGAAUCUUUAGAUGCUUCUAAAUAUCUUUACUGGUAUCUUUUAUUGCGAGUCGGCGGGAGUCUUUUUGUCUAUGUCAGAUCGCUUUCUAUGCUGGUUUUUCUUGGAAUUAGAGCAUCUAAGAAAAUUCAUGAGAAAAUGAUAAUUUCCUUUAUAAAAGCGCCGGUGAACCUGUUUUAUGAUGUAACUCCAUUGGGUAGGCUGCUAAAUAGGCUUAGUAAAGAUAUGAAUAUUAUAGAUGAAGCUAUAGCUAGAAACAUAGGCAGCCUAAUUGCAGAAAUAUGCAGUGCUGUCUCAAAAUUGGUAUUGAUUAUCAUCUAUUUUCCAAUUACUAUUCCUUUAAUGGCACCAUUAAUUUAUUUUUCAAAUAAAGUGAAAAAUGAAUUUUUAGGUAUUGCUAUUGAAUUAACAAGACUUGAGGCGAACUCAAGGUCUCCUAUUUUAAAUCAUUUUGGAGAAACUAUCACAGGUGCAAAAAUAAUCAGAACUUUUAAACAAAAAGAAAAUUUUCUUGCAAAAAAUUAUAAGCUGCUGAAUCAAAAUUCAAGGGUUCAGUACUCUUUGGGGGCUUGCAAAUGCUGAAUGACUGUAAGUUUAGGGAUUUUGAGUUCUCUUGUUACUUGUAUCGUGGCUGUACUUAUUGUUGUGUGAGAUGAUAUAUCGCCUGGAGUAAUUGGAAUUACCCUAACUUAUAUAUUUUCUCUGUCAGAAGGAGUCACAUAUUUUAUUGGAAUGCUUGCAGACACUGAAAAUAGUGCAAUUUCUGUGGAAAGAGCAGCUCAGUAUAUAAAUAUUGCUAAUUCCCUCCCUCUGUGAGCGAACAAAAACAUUUUGUUCGCUCACGGAGUGGGGUUAAUUUUUUUUUAAAAAAUUUAAAUAUAAAUUUUAUAGAAAUUUUUUUUGUUGAAAAUUAAUUCGCAAAAAUUGGAAAGCAAAUAUUAAUCUAAUUUAUAAAAUUUAUGUUUUAAACGCAAUUUGUUUAAAAUUAAACAGAAUUAGCUAUAGAUUUCAUUAUACUAAUUAUCACUUAUGUAUCAAAAUUUUUUUUCAUCAAAAAUUUUUGCUCGCUCAUGGAGGGUGGGUUUUUGGGCAAAAAAUAGGGAUUUUUCUAAUGGUUUUGUUUGCUCACGGAGGGGGGAGUAAGGAAAGUAGCUUUCAAACUGACAUAAAAUUGCAAAAUUGGCCAAAUAAUCCCUCUAUAGAGUUUAGGAAUGUUGAAAUGAGAUAUCGCCCAAACUCUCCAAUAGUACUUAAAGAUCUUUCCUUUUCUAUUUCAGGUGGCCAAAAAAUAGGAUUAAUUGGCAGAACAGGAAGUGGAAAAUCAUCAAUUUUCUUAUGCCUGCUUAGACUUGUAGAAAUAUCUUCAGGCUCUAUUUUUAUAGAUGGAAUCAAUAUAGCUCAAAUAAGUUUACAAAAGUUAAGGUCAGCUUUAACCUUAGUCCCACAAGAUCCGCUUGUAUUUUCUGGGACUCUCAAAGACAAUCUCGACCCUACACAUGCAAAAACUGAUGCAGAAAUUUCUCAAGCAUUAGACAAUGUCGGCUUGUCAAGAUUUUUAAUUGAUUUCCAAGUAAAAAAUGAUGGGCUUAAUUUGUCAGUGGGUGAACGUCAAUUAAUAAGCUUAGGAAGAGCAAUGCUAAGCCACACAAAAAUUAUUUUAUUUGAUGAAGCAACUGCUGGAAUUGAUCAUGAAACUGACAGUCAAAUCCAAAGACUUAUUCAAACAAAAUUUUUUGGAUGCACUGUGCUUAUGAUUGCUCAUAGAAUCGGAACAAUUAUGAAUAGCAACUUAAUUAUUGUUAUGCAUGAUGGAAAAUGUAAAGAAAUUGACACGCCUCAAAGCUUACAAACAAGAAAUUCACUAUUCAAAGAUAUGAAACUCAAAAAUCAACAACACAAAUAA